UCAAGGCCUGGUCAAGGUUGCAUUAACAUUUACAUUGCCUUUUUUGUAAUAAUUAACCUCUUUUUUUAAUGUGUUUUUAAUAAAAUGAUGGAUUUAAAAGACAAUACAGAUUCUAUAAAAUGUAAUAAAAACGAUUCAAUUUCCCGUAUUAAUCGCGAAACAGUGCAUAAGAUUUGUUCUGGACAAGUAGUCUUAAGUUUAGCUAUAGCGGUAAAAGAACUUGUAGAAAAUGCAAUUGAUGCUUCAGCAACGAUAAUUGAUGUUCGUUUAAAAGAAUAUGGUAGUGAACUAAUUGAAGUAUCAGACAAUGGAGUUGGAGUUAAAGAAGAAAAUUUUGAAAGUUUAACUUUGAAACAUUACACGUCUAAAUUAAGAGAGUUCAGUGAUUUAGAAUCUGUUGGAACACUAGGUUUUCGGGGCGAAGCCCUUAGUUCACUAUGUGCUUUGACAGACUUAGUUAUUAUAACUAGACAUAGUUCAGCAAAUUAUGCUACUAAAAUAAGUUAUGAUCACAAUGGAAGAAUAGUCACUAGUUUGCCAGCAGCUAGGGAUGUGGGGACUACGGUCAUUCUACAGAAUUUAUUUAACUCUUUACCUGUACGUCGUAAAGAGUUCUUGAAAAAUCUUAGACGUGAAUUCAACAAAAUGUGUCAAUUGUUGUAUGCCUACUGCUUAGUCUGCAGGAAUAUCAAGAUUACAUGUUCCAAUCAGACAAGUAAAAGUUCAAAAAAUACCGUUGUUGCAACUCUAGGUAAUAAUUCAAUAAAGGACAAUAUAAUAAGCGUGUUUGGUCCCAAGCAGGUAUCAACAUUAAUUGAAAUAGAAGCAGUUGAACCAGACGAGACUAUCGUGAAAGAAUUCGAUAUAAAAAACAUCGUUUAUGGCGAACCAUUGCCUUUUAAAUUUGAAUUUUUUAUUUCAAACGUGACUCAUGGCAAUGGGCGUUCUACAGUUGAUAGACAAUUCUUUUAUGUGAAUAAUAGACCUUGUGAACCCCAAAAAGUAAUGAAAGUAGUGAACGAUGUCUACAAACAGUUUAAUUCAAACCAGUACCCUUUUGUUUACCUCAAUGUCGAAAUGGAAAGGUCUUGCGUCGAUGUUAACGUUACUCCUGACAAACGACAAGUUUUUUUAGAAAAAGAAAAAUUGCUUUUGGCCGUUAUUAAAAGCUCUCUUUUGGAAGCUUUCAAAGCUACUCCGUCUACUUAUACUUUGCAAAAUACGAAAAUAGAAACAAAAAUAACCGAUUAUACAAUUGGUGGGAUGAAGGGGCUAAAAAGACCGUUAGAGGAAUGUGAAGAAAACGAUAAAGAAGAAAAUUUUACUUUUAUGGAUAAGUUCAAGAAGUCUCUGUCAAAUAAGAGCUUUAGCACAAAAUCUGAUGAUGAAAAUUAUAACAAAGAGUCACCAAAAAGCAUUUCAAAUGAAUUAGACAAAGUGGAUGUAGAAGAAAAUAGAGUUCUUUUAGAAGAAAAAUGUGAAAAUAAAGAAUCAAAAAAGUUUGAAACUUUCAACUGUAUGGAAUCUCCGUCCCACUCACUUGAUCAUACCUUUAAAAAGAGCAAAUGGGACAAUUUGGUAAAUGAAGUGCCUGAGGUUCCUAAAACAAAAUUAAAUCAUGCCAUCAAAAUUUUUCCAAAAGAAAUUGAACAAAUUAUUAAUGGUUCUUCGUUAUCAGAAAAUACUGUUAGCAAAAGUAAUGAAACUAUUAUCAAUGAAACGAUGCAUCUUACACUAAAUUCAGAAUUAGAUUUCAACAAACAGUCCAGCACAUGUAAACUUUCUUCCCCUGUUAGGAAAUCAAGUAAAUGGGAUGAUUUAGACGCAGAAUUUCCUCCUACAUCACUAACGACAGAAAUUAAAGGAGAAACUUUCAAAUCAGUUAAAUGCUUUUCAAGGUCUAAAAAAGACAACGUCAUAAAAAUAGAUUUAAACAUUUCGUUAGGAACAUCAACGAACGAAUUUAGUAAUACAAAGAUUUCAAUUAGAACUUCAGAAAGUCAAAUUGAAAAUGCCCUGAGAACAUCGUCGUACUUUAAUCGACAUAAAAAAAAGGAAAUCUUAGUCCGAUUUAGGUCUAAAAUAGCGCCGGAUGCAAACAAAACCGCCGAACAGGAACUUCAAAAACAAAUUUCAAAAGAUAUGUUCCAUCGAAUGUCAAUUAUCGGACAAUUUAAUUUGGGAUUUAUAAUUGCAAAACUCGAUAACGAUUUGUUCAUAAUUGAUCAGCAUGCAACAGAUGAGAAGUACAAUUAUGAAACGUUACAGCGAAAUACUAUUUUGGAAAGCCAAGUAUUGGUAAAUCCAAAACCAUUGGAAUUGUCUGCCACUAACGAAGCAAUUCUUAUCGAUAACGAAGAAGUAUUCAAGAAAAAUGGCUUUAACUUUUUGAUAAAGAAAAAUGCUCCUGUAACAAAAAAGGUUUUACUUACUGCCAUUCCUAUAAGCAAAAACUAUACCUUUGGAAAGGAUGAUAUAGAAGAGAUGCUAUUCAUGUUACAGGUCAUUAAAAUUAUUUUUGAUUUGCUCAUUUAUGUUUCAUUAAUAAAUCUCAAGUUAUUAGAACAGUGGCAGAAAUUCUCUUUUAAUCUUUAUUUAGUGUUGGCGUACAUCAAUUUUUGA